AUGGAAGAAGAUUCAGAGAUAGGUGGAUUGAUUGCUGUUAGGUCUCAUGGAGAAUUACAAACUGUCAGUACCCCCAAUUUGCCUCAAACUGACACCACCAUUCUUGCAAGAUGUACUUCAAGCCCAAAAAAACGUGGCAGGCCAAAGGUUAUGGAGAAAAUUGAUGCUGCUAAUGAUGGAAAACGUUCAAGACCAAAAAAGCCUAGCAGGCCCAAAGUCCAGAGAGGCCUCUUCACAGAGAAAAAGGCCACAAGAGAGAGCAUUGUUAGUGGAACAAUUGCAUGCAUUAAAUAA